ACGGUCAUAAAUAGCCGCCAUCUUGGUUAAGCAGGGCGAAGCUUUGUUGAUAUAUCGAGCAACUUCAGCUAAAACUCGCUCUUUACAUUCAGAGCAAGGAUUUCUAAGCUAAAGGCGCCAUAGGAUACCAGGCAAACAUUCCAGUACGCCAGAUUUGCGUGGCGCAGGCAGCAGUGAGUUGUACGCAGAAACCUUGCGACAGGUUAGCAGACACCGUCUUGGCAGCAUUUGCAGCACUAGUCUGCGAUUCCAUUUAAUCUGGUGAGCGCACUUUGACUGUAAGCAUUGAAUUUGAGAGAUAGCAAAGCGCUAUUUUGUAGAUCACAGUCAAACCUAUUUUAAAAGAAAUGUCGCAAGAAUCAGAAAACAAAAAUGACACCAACAAUAACACUACUGGAAGGAGUGAGGAAGGAAGUGGAAAUAUCUGUCGUGAUUAUCAGCGUGGUGUGUGCUCUCGGGGAUCAAAGUGUAAAUUUAAUCACCCAGAUGGUAUGGGAACAGAGGUUACAAACAGCCCAAUGAUAUGCAGAGACUUUCAAAAUGGAAAAUGCAGCCGUUCAACCUGCAAAUAUUUACACCUUUCCAAUAAUGAAGAGAAGAUAUUUCUUCGCACUGGUCAAAUACCUCCAAGGCGAGAUGGUCCCUUCCCAUUUAGAGCAAGAGGAGAACAAACCCGUGCAGGACCAAAUGAUCCUGUCUGCAAAGAUUUUCUGAACAACAAGUGCACAAGAGGGCAAGGCUGUCGUUAUCGUCAUGUUUUUGAAGAGGAAGGAGAAUUUAUGGGCCAUGGUUAUAAUGGUCAUCCCAGUAAACGUCGCCGUGAUUCUUAUGAAGGACACAGCUACUACUACCUCAUGGAUGAAAAUGAAUCACUGCGUCGUCGAAUAUCUGAUCUCCAAAGGCAGGUGGCUGACCUGAAGGCCACCAACGAGGUUCUUUUGGAACAAAAUGCAAAGUAUCGCAAUCAGAUAGGGGAACGCAGUAGCUAUAAUGGUAGUGGAGGUAGCAGCAGUUCAAGGCCAGGUGAAUAUUCAUCAACGUAUGGUUCAAACCAGUCUUACAGCACUUCUUAUCCACCAAGGGAGACCUACUCUUCAAAGGAUGCAUACAGCAGUUAUGCCCCUCCAAAAGAUCCAUACUCUACAACCAGUCAAAGUGGUUCAUCUUACAGUGGAUCAGGAAAUUACACUUCAAACUCUGCCUAUGGUGCUGGUUAUACUAAGUUUGAUUAGAGGGGCGAAUGCUGUUUUUUUUUUUUUUAUCUAUUUCUUGGAACUUUACAUGCCCUAAGCCACAAGUAAUCAACAACAUGAGUUUUAAGCACACUCAGUUUUGCAUCUGAUCAGCAGUUCAUGUCUUAGUUGGUCGGGUGUCUACGUGUGACAAUUUUGAUCAUUUUAAUUUUGUUCCUUGAGAAAACACAUGCAUUUAGAUGAUGUAUGACAGUCACAAGAACUGGACUGUAUCUAGAUAAAACUGGGCAGUUUUUUAUGGCCCAGGAUAAUUGGACUUUUGUUACGAUACUUAGCACUCACUUUUUUUAAACACAAUUGUUGUAGUUGUCUGAGUUGACAUAGCAGGCCUGUUUAUUCUGUGUGUAUUAUUAUCAGCAACUAGUUAUCAUUGGAUAGGUCUUUCCACGUAAAGUGAUGGCUCAUUAGUGACAAGAACAAGUAGUGGUCUUGGAGCCACAAAUAGAGUUUCAUGGAAAGUCUAUUGAAAUUAUUUCAGACAAUAUGGACAAUGAAGGAUUAAAUGAGUAUGCUUAUCUAAAUGAUUGAUCCUUUCUCCUUAACCUUUGACUUUUUUAGUGAUGUUAGAUUUAAUAUUUGACAUCCCAAAUGUGAAUUUAAUGCAAAAACACAAGUUUUUGGUAUAGGAUGUUUGGUUAACUCCCUUUAGUGAUUAACUUAUAACAAGUGAUUAGCAUGUAACUUCUCCCUAUACACUAGUGAACAGGUGAUCAAGAAUACUCAAAUUUGUCACGUAGAAGUCAUUUUCAGGAUCUGACACCAAACUCUUGGAACUAAUUUUUCAAGGAAGUAUGUAGUGACUAGAGGGAAGAAUUUAAGGAUGGAAAUAUUGGUGAUGGAAGUGGAGACACUACUAGUGAGGUAGUGUGGCAUUACCCUCCAAGUUUUUAUGAAUGAAUGAUAUUUGGUGUUAAAAAUUAUCUGAAGGAUUCCUGUCUUUUUAGUUAAUUUUUUAUUCUUUAGCAUAAAAUGUUACUUACACACUUGUUAAUUUAUGGGAGUGUGAGACUCCAUCAGUCAUUGUGUCUUUUUGUCUAUUCUGCUAGUAAACCUUUUGUUGAUUAUUACCCAUAGCUCACUAGUCAAUGGUGGAUGGUUAGUUGAAGUUUAAACCCCAACUGAACAGCUUGUUUGUUUGUUUUUUCAGACUUUGAAAAGAAAUGUUGUCUGGGUAGUUGAAACUUUUUCUUUAAUGUGACCAAAAUCAUGAUUAAUCAAAUGUACUUUGA